GCGCAAGAGAUUAAUUACGAGAUGCUCGACGAUGAAUUUGAUUUGCUGAAUCGAGUAAUCGCUAGUUUAGAGUGGCAAGUCCUUAAAAAUCGUUCGAUUGUACCCUUAGAAGUGUAUACGCAAAUUAUACAAUUCAAGCUAAAGUGGAAAAAUGAAUGGUGCGCAAAACUUACGAAUCUUCAAAAUAACAAAGUAUCCAUGAAUCAAAAAUUGCUGCGCUUUUUGUGCAAAGGACCAAAAUAUACCGAUGAAAUGACAAGAAAGAUUGCCGUUAUUAAAGACUACUUGUCAUCCACAUAUGGCUCUGCGCAAAUUUGCAAAAUUGAAAAUUAUAAACGGAAAUGUUAUAAUAAUGAAUUGGACGUGACAAGAUUAAUGGCGACUUCGAGGAAUGAAAGAGAAUUACGUUGGAUUUGGACUGCUUGGAGAAAUCGAAUGAGUCAUACGAAGGAACUUUUUCAACAAUUAGUUGAUCUUCAAAAUACUGCUGCGCGAAAUAAUGGCUACGCUGAUAUCGGAGAAUAUUGGAGGGAAGAGUUCAAGAUUCCGGAUUUGGAGAGUAUGUUCGAAGAAAUGUAUCAGCGAGUCGAGCCAUUAUAUCGGCUUCUUCAUGCUGUCGUGAGAUUCCGACUCGCGAAAUUGUAUCCCGACGUUGUUGACGUGUCUCUACCAAUUCCUGCUCAUUUAUUAGGUAACUUGUGGUCGCAAAGUUGGGAAGCGUUGAUCGACAUAGUAUUUCCAAAUUAUACCGCAAUCAUGCCGAACCUGACGAAUUCGAUGAUACAAGAAAAUUAUAAUGUCAUUAAAAUGAUAGAAACGGUAGAUGAUUUUUACGUAUCUCUCGGAUUUCCGUCCUUGACGCCAGAAUUUUGGAAGAACUCUAUCUUUAAAAGAGAAAUAGGUAGGAGAUCUAGCUGUCAUGCAACUGCUGUCAACAUGUACAAUAAGAAUGACUUCAGAAUUAUCGCAUGUUUAGAGACGAAACCAGAAGAUUUCAAUGUUAUUUAUCACGAAAUUGGUCAUAUACAAUAUUAUAUGGCGUAUCAGAAUCAAUCUUCAUUUUUUAAGAAUGGAAUCAAUAGUGCUUUCCACGAGUCGAUAGGGGAUACCAUUUCGUACGGUGCAACUUCCUUUCAACACAUGCGGCGUCUGGGAUUAAUACGCACCCCUUUCGCAUCACUCAAUUCAUUCGAAAUUAAUUCGCAGGAUUCAUUAGAAAUGGCUAUUCUUCUAAGACAAGCUCUGCUUAAAAUACCGCAACUGUCUAGUGGACUGAUAAUAGAAAAAUGGAGGUGGUCUGUCUUCUCGGGCAGGACAAAACCAUCGAGAUACAACACAUCUUGGUGGGCUUUGCAUCGUCGAUAUAUGGGCGUCGUACCACCGUCAUCGAGAUCUGAGAAAUUCUUCGAUCCUAUGGCAAAAUUUCAUGUCGCUCACAACCUACCUUAUGCUGGAUAUUUUCUGGGAAACUUUCUGCAAGUUCAAUUAUUCCAAGGAAUGUGCAAAGCAGCCUUGAAUCUGAGGGUUGAUUCCACGACGUUUGAUUUAUCUCUUCACAAAUGCGACAUUUACGGAUCAAAGGAUGCGGGAAAGUUCUUGAGGUAAAUAGCACCA